AUCGAAGGCUGCGAGUUGGCAUCCAGGCGACCGGACGCGGUGGAGCUGUCCGGAGGGCGGAGGACUGGCAGGCUGCUGUUAAGUAGACAACACUGGACAGGGAGAGCGGAUCUAAUCAUUGGGAUCUGAGCCGGCCUUUUGUUCUCAUGGCAUCGUGUGGAAUCCUGAAACCCAGCAACACUACAACUCUGCAGAGCUCCAGGGACCAUAAAUGCAUAAGUACCACACCCCAGGAAGAGGUUCUUGGAGAAUUCUGUCAGGCAAAAAGUCCUAGGCUUUUGUGAGAAACUGGAAGUCUCUGGUUGUACCCAAUGUCACCCAUUGCAUAGGGAAGGACAUUGAGACACACAGAGAGGACAUGACAGUCACAUCAGGUACAGGGCCUUAAAGGAUGCUGGCUGUUCCAGAGAUGGGCCUGCAGGGGCUGUAUAUCGGCUCCAGUCCAGAACGGUCCCCAGUGUCCAGCCCACCCGGCUCCCCAAGAACCCAGGAAAGCUGUGGCAUUGCCCCUCUCACACCCUCACAGUCUCCCGUCUUGGAUUUGCAGAAACCAGACACCCGAGUCCCCCAGCAAGCGCCCUUCUCUGUGGUGGUGGCCAUUGACUUCGGCACCACAUCCAGUGGCUAUGCCUUCAGCUUUGCUAGUGAUCCUGAGGCCAUCCACAUGAUGAGGAAAUGGGAGGGCGGGGAUCCAGGUGUGGCCCACCAGAAGACCCCUACUUGCCUGCUGCUGACCCCAGAGGGAGCUUUUCACAGUUUUGGCUACACCGCCCGUGACUACUACCAUGAUCUAGACCCUGAGGAGGCGCGGGACUGGCUCUACUUUGAGAAGUUCAAGAUGAAGAUCCACAGCGCCACUGAUCUCACGUUGAAGACCCAGCUAGAGGCAGUAAAUGGGAAGAAGAUGCUGGCCCUGGAGGUGUUCGCCCAUGCCCUCCGCUUCUUCAAGGAACAUGCCCUGCAGGAGCUGAGGGAGCAGAGUCCAUCACUUCUGGAGAAGGACACUGUGCGUUGGGUGUUGACAGUGCCUGCCAUCUGGAAACAGCCAGCCAAGCAGUUCAUGCGGGAGGCUGCCUACCUGGCUGGCCUAGUGUCUCGAGAAAAUGCUGAACAACUGCUCAUUGCCCUGGAACCUGAAGCCGCCUCUGUCUACUGUAGAAAACUGCGCCUACACCAGCUCAUGGACCUGAGCUGCCGGAAUCCAGGUGGUGGGCGCCUGGGUGAGCGCCGCUCCAUUGAUUCCAGCUUUCGGCAUGCCCGAGAGCAGCUGAGGAGGUCCCGUCACAGCCGUACAUUCCUGGUGGAGUCUGGCGUGGGAGAACUGUGGGCAGAGAUGCAAGCAGGAGACCGCUACAUGGUGGCAGAUUGUGGGGGAGGCACUGUGGACCUGACGGUGCACCAGCUAGAGCAGCCCCAUGGCACUCUCAAGGAGCUCUACAAAGCAUCUGGUGGCUCCUAUGGUGCAGUUGGCGUGGACUUGGCCUUUGAGCAGCUGCUCUGCCGCAUAUUCGGGGAGGACUUCAUCACCACCUUCAAAAGACAACGGCCUGCAGCCUGGGUGGACCUGACAAUUGCCUUUGAGGCCCGUAAACGAACAGCAGGCCCACACAGGGCAGGUGCGCUGAAUAUCUCACUUCCCUUCUCGUUCAUUGACUUCUACCGCAAGCAACGAGGCCACAAUGUGGAGACUGCCCUGCGCAGAAGCAGUGUGAACUUCGUAAAGUGGUCCUCACAGGGGAUGCUCCGCAUGUCUUGUGAGGCCAUGAAUGAGUUAUUUCAGCCCACGGUCAGUGGAAUCAUCCAGCACAUAGAGACGCUGCUAGCACAGCCAGAGGUGCAGGGUGUGAAGCUGCUGUUCCUGGUGGGCGGCUUUGCCGAGUCAGCUGUGCUGCAGCAUGCUGUGCAGACAUCGCUGGGCAACCGUGGCCUGCGUGUUGUGGUCCCCCACGACGUGGGACUUACCAUCCUCAAGGGAGCAGUGCUCUUUGGCCAGGCACCAGGUGUGGUACGGGUGCGCCGCUCACCACUCACCUAUGGUGUGGGUGUGCUCAACCGCUUUGUGGCUGGCCGUCACCCACCUGAUAAACUACUGGUUCGCGAUGGACGCCGUUGGUGCACUGACGUCUUUGAGCGCUUUGUGGCUGCUGAGCAGUCAGUGGCUCUGGGCGAGGAGGUGCGGCGCAGCUAUUGCCCUGCGCGCCCCGGCCAGCGGCGUGUGCUCAUCAACCUAUACUGCUGCGCAGCCGAGGAUGCAUGCUUCAUCACCGAUCCUGGUGUGCGCAAGUGUGGUGCACUCAGCCUUGAGCUGGAGCCCACUGAAGACUGUCCAGAUGGUGUGUCCCCCAGCCGCCGUGAGAUCCGUGCUGCCAUGCAGUUUGGCGACACCGAAAUCAAGGUCACUGCCAUUGAUGUCAGCACCAAUCACUCAGUGAGAGCUGCAAUUGACUUUCUUUCCAACUAAAGGUGUGUCUGUGGUCCCAACCCAGGACCAAGGUAUGUUAGCUCCUAUGACAAUACCCCUUUACUGGCCUUCCAGCCCCAGAGAAAGGGUGGAGCAUAGGAAGAUGACAGGGACACUGGAGAUUCACUUUAGGAUUGGGACACUGACUGGAAGUCUAAAGAGCCCCACCUGAAAACCUAACAGACUGCCACUAUUUUUCCAGUGGUUUUCUUGGGGGAGCCCAGCUGGACAGGGGGUAUAUGACCAGAUAGAAUGUAGCAUAGGACCAAACAUUAGCCUGAAUUUAAGGGUUGGGGGAAGAGGCCAAGCAAAAGUGGGCUGAGGAGCCACAGGGCCAAAAGGGUCAGAAUUUACCCACUGUUGAACUAUGGCAACAGAAACUAAGCAGAGCAACCCUCUGCAGCAGGAAAAUGACAACUGCACAUUGGAGGGGUGGGGGUGAUAGCACCCUCCUAGAUGUGGUGCUAACCACCCAAGUGCAACUCUUAACUGAGGAAAGAGCAAUAGCUGACUGCUGAGGAUGGUACAUUGUUACAGUGAAGACAGUUCUGAGGGGAGCUGUGUGCUGGGGGACAAGAACAGCCUAUGCAUGACUCAUCUGCCCCCGAUCCCAACCAUGGAAGGACAGCUAGAGAGGAGACGGAGGAAAGGGAGACUGGGAAGGGGUCCCAGCACUAACAUGCUGUGCCAUUAGAACAUGCCUUGAUCACCAUGGGUCCCAAAGUCUCCAAGUAUGAAAUGUCAGGCUCUUCAUACCAACCAUGACAUGCAACAACUCUGUCUGAGAACUCCCCCUAAGAUGACAAUAAAGCAUUUACACUGAA